AUGGAUUCGACCCCGGAGUCCACCAUGGCGACCCUCGAUGAUGACGGGAUCCAACUUGUGACGGAAGAACAAGCGGCUCGGUCAGUCCUCGUGCAAGGGUUGCCGAUCCUCGACCGACAGCGGACGGAAUGUUCCCUGGUGGAGGUCUUCUCGGUUUACGGACGAGUCUCAAGGCUUCUCCUGCAGACGAUCCGACUGAGCCAGACCCAGAGGGCUCUCGUGGUGUUCGCAGAAUCGGCGGGUGCUACCGCGGCGCUGCAGCAGAACGACCGCGACAUUCUCGGUGCGAGCUGCAGCGUGUGAGGUUUCAGUAUGUAGCUAUCCCCACGCAGCGCGUCUGUGUGUCUGGCAAACUCUUAAACCAAUGCAUCUGUGAGGUUUCAGUAUGUAGCUAUCCUCACUCAACACGUCUAUGUGUCCAGCAAUCUCCAAUGCAUAUCACCUGUGAGGUUUCAGUAUGAGUCUUUCCUCACUCAAAGCGUCUAUGUGUCUGGCACUAUCCAACAUCACU